CUAGUAAUACAUAUAAUUGUAGGUGGAACGGUUCGGAACGCUUUAUAUACGUACGUAUUCACACCAUUGCUAAAUAGCGUAUGGUCUUUACACCGAAUCGGCAAGUCGACAUGCAAGUUUCAAUAGUUUUCAGCGGAGAAUCCAUCUUCGUGUCAUUUUUGCAAGAUCUUACAUACUAAAGAGAAAUAAAAUGGGAAAACGGAUUUUGAAAGUUUUAAGAGCAAUAAUUUUGAUUUUUGGAUGCUUACAAUUGAGCUCAACGCGUAUAUUAUUACUUCACGACGACAAUGCCGAAACCUGGGUUCGAAGCUUCGAAUCUGGGUUAGCCGAUUAUGACGACAGAAACGAGAAAAGCCCAAAUCUUGUGCAAGUUUUGUACAGAAACGAGUCUGACUGGGAACAAGUUUGCCAAGCUGCUACAAAUGUUACAGUAAUUUUGGAUUUCACAAGAAAAAUUAUGGAUCCAGAAACACAACCUCAAAAAUUCUUUGCGACAAAGCAGAUUCCUUAUUUUCGUGUCGAUGUCCCAUUCGACGCCUUGUUACGUGGAGUCGAUUCUUUAUUACAUUUGGCAAACGGAAGCAAUGGGUUCAUGAUUUUUCAUUCCGACUUGGAUGUGAAUCGCGGAGUGAAUGUAGUACUCGGAAGUACUCUCAUUCGCUACUCAUUCCUGACCUAUCCUCGACAAAAGGAGUUGAUUUUAGAAAAAUUUGAGUUCCGAGUUCCUACAGGCGUAAUCAUUUAUGGGACUGAGCAGCAAUUUAAGGAUUUCAUCCAAGCUAAUCACCACGUUGUGCGAAAUCGAACGGAAUGGAUUUUUAUGUACAAUCAAUUCAUGUCCUCGUCACCUCCCAAGCUGAAUAUCUCAUUCCCAUAUUUUCGAGCUUACUUUUCAUCCGAAACAUGUUGCACGUUGGCAAACCCAACGACAGAUUCGCAGAGGUGUAGUGCUUCAUCCUGCGAUGGAAAUCCCAGUGAAAUAUACAUCAGAAAGUUGGCAUUUGUCCUCGCUGAGGCGUUAAACCAAGUGGACCCUGAUGGGAAAAAAUCUUUUCGGGUCAGCUGCACCCCUCCAAAUGAUCCCAGAGUUGGAGAUCGGGGAUUCAAUGCAGUUCUGAUGGAUGCAAUUAAUGCGAAAUCGAGUAACAAAAUGGUGACCGCAAAGCAAGGAAAAAUUUCUUUUGAAUUUCCUCUAAAAGUUGAAGAUUAUGUAAAUGGAUCGGUCCGUGCCGUUGGAGAAUAUAAGUUUGAAACGGGACUCCAACAAACCCCCGGGUUUGUAUUCAGAGACAGGAAAAGAUACUUCAGAAUUGGAAUUGUUAAUUUUCCCCCAUGGACAAUGAAGGAUGAAAAGACAGGAGAAUGGGUCGGGUAUUGCAUAGAUUUAGCAAACGGGAUAGCGAACAAAAUGAAUUUCGAGUACGAUCUCGUUGUAAGCGAAGGAUUUGGAAAGAGGAUGCCACCGAAUGGUCGAUGGAACGGACUGACCGGCGACCUCGUCCAUGGGAAAAUUGACAUAGCAGUUGCCGCAUAUAUAAUGACUUCAGAAAGAGAGGAGUUUAUUGACUUUGUAUCGCCGUACUAUGAACAAUCUGGACUAAUUAUAACUAUGAAACGGCCUGUGGUCAAAAAUUCGUUAUUUAAGUUCAUGACUGUCCUGCGUACUGAGGUUUGGCUGAGCAUUUUGGGGGCAACGAUCGCGACUGGAUUCAUGCUUUGGUUUUUGGACAAGUUCUCCCCCUACUCCGCCCAAAAUAAUCCGCAAAAAUAUAAAACCUUCAGGAAAUUCACUCUCAAGGAAUCAUUCUGGUUUGCUCUGACUUCUUUUACUCCACAAGGAGGUGGUGAACCCCCGAAAGCUUUUUCGGGACGGACACUUGUCGCUGCCUAUUGGAUUUUUGUGGUCUUAAUGCUAGCAACGUUUACAGCAAAUUUGGCCGCAUUCUUAACAGUGGAGAGAAUGCAAAGCCCAAUUAGAAAUUUGGAGCACUUGGCAGCCCAGUCGAGUGUCAAAUACUCGGUAGUCAAUGUCUCAACUGCAAUGACAUUCUUUAAAAAUAUGGCAAAUGCUGAAGAAAUUUUGUAUCAAAUGUGGAGAAAUUUGACCUUAACAGCGCCAUCAUCGGCGAGGGAGUACGUUGUCUGGGAAUAUCCAAUACGGGAAAUGUAUAUUCAUAUUCAUUCAGUUAUCCAGAGUGCCACACCCGUUUUGAACAUGUCCGAAGGGUUUUCAAGGGUUCUAAGCGAUGAUUACUUCGCAUUCAUUCAUGACGCAGCCCAAACAAAAUACGAAGUAUUUCGAAACUGCAACUUGACCUUGAUUGGCGAACCAUUUGCUGAAGCGCCAUAUGCCUUGGCCGUCGCACAAGGAAAUCCUUUGCAGGACGAUAUCUCAAUGGCAAUUCUACAACUGCAAACUGAGCGAUUCUUUGAAACUCUGUCAGCUCGCUAUUGGACCUCAACAUGCCCUGGUUUAGGAGAUGGUGAAAACGAUGGAAUCUCAUUGGAGUCUCUCGGUGGGGUAUUUAUUGCCACCAUUAUUGGACUGGGAAUUGCAUUCAUUUCUUUGGCCAUUGAAGUUUUUACUACUGCGAGAAAUAGGAGGAAAGCCAAAAUUGCUGAGGAAAGCAUGAUCCGUCCCAAAUUUAUUGGUCCGAUGGACUUUUACGGGACAUCAAAAGGAGUAGUUACCAUUGGACAGAAGACGUCGAAUAAGAAACCUGACGUUUUAAAGCGGACGCACUUUCUGCCCGAAGUUAUGAACUAACUCAAAAUCUUUAAUGUCAUGUUUAUCCACAUACAUACACUGAUAGUACGAUUCAUACAAUGUUUCAUACAACGAGUCAUAAGGUACACAUAUCCUUGAUAACUGUUUAGCACAUUGAUACACACAUUAUUAUCUUUGUAUGUAUCAGCAACAAAGUAAGCAAAAGAUGCUAACUACAAUUAAUGUUGCAAAUUUAAUUAUAAAAUGUAGGAUAAGUUACUUGUAUUCUCAUAAAUCAAUAAAUGCCUUAAUAUACACAUCUGGGGAAUUUUUAAAGUCAUACACAUUUGAACAUUUGUGGAUGCAUUUGUAUUUAAGCUUAUAUUUAUCAAUGCCAUUCGAUCGGAGUUGUACCUACUUGAAAUUCUAAGUUUCUCAGAUUAAUUUCCAUCUUCAAAGUGAACCAGGUUAGCAUACAUAAAUCGAAUUCCACCUAGUCUGUGACCUGUGUAUGUAAAUAUUUUCACAAACAAUUGCACUCAAAAGAGCAUGAAUCCCCGUUAAGAAUUAGCGUCUUUCUCUUGAGACUACUUAGCGAAUUGAGAUAUCAAAUUCCGAACAAUAACAGUAUGCCCCUUUCAAUUUCAUUGUUUCGCCGACUUUGUCCACGGUAAGUCGUAUUGUGUAUUAUUAGAGGGACGGCAAAUUUGCCAAGGUAAAACUGCACACGGGGAAAAUGAGACAACUGAACUUUAAGGUCAUUUGUUGCAUGCUUCUUGCAAGCAUACUAUGCACUGGAGCAGCAGGUCGUCGUCGGAGUUCCUCCCCUCGUCCAGGUUCAAUUCAUCGGCCAAAUUUUGGUUCCAGACACAGACCAACAUUGCCAUCACUGAUUCGAACAGUGUCCACAACAACAUUCAAACCAAAUCGUCGUUUUAGACCCACUUCGAAUCGGUUUAAUUUUAAUUCUAUACCACCGAAUCCUUCAGACCUGACUCAGAGAGAGGGCGAGAAUAAGAUCUCUUGCAGGAAUGCACACGAAGUACUUCCGGAUUAUAAAAACCCAUCUUACUAUAAAAUAUGCAUUCCUAUUGGACGCAACUGGAUCCUCUACACUUACCGAUGCCCAACUGGGAGUGAGUUCCAUCCGGAAAAUCUCAAGUGUACAAAAAUAAGUACUACAACAAAUACUGCGACAACUACCGUGCCUACGACAAUUUCAGUGGACGAAAUUACUGAAUCUGCAAUAAGUAACAAUGGAAUUGACGUGGGAUUCCAUUUAAAUGCUACAGAAACAAUUGACGUGCUGCCAGAGAUGAGUAUGGAAACCUGGGAUUCGUCCUCCUCAUCAGAAGAAGAAAUUUCGACAAACUCGCCGACAUCAACAACUGCCCAAACUGUCCCCACACCCAGAGCACCGGCCUCCGUAGAAGCCAAACCGUUGUCUCAAUUUGUCCAAAGUCUUUUUAGCCAGGGAUCAAAUCAGGAAAUGUCAGACAGGUUUAGCAUUCUCACAAAAUAUUUGAUGACUACAGUGAAACCUCAACAAAUGUCGGGACACCAAAAUAAAAUAUCCACUGAUUUUAUGCAUGAAACCACAUCAAAUAUUCCGCUGACUACGAGCAGUGUUGCGACAACGGGUCAUCUUAACCAAGAAAACGAAAGUGUGGUUUGGGAGUCUUCCGGAAACCAGAAUGAGGCAUCUACAACUCGAGGUUCAAUUACACGAUGGAAGUUACCAAACUUGUCGCCGUCUCAGGCUGGAAGGUUUCCGGGCUUGCGACCAUCUCCACUAUCGUCGCAAUAAAUAGUAGUUUUGAUUUAGCGAUCUUAUAUACGCAUUUGUUUUAGGAGUCUAUUGUGCAGAACUUUUUAUUGAUUGACAGUAAAUUAAAUUUAUAAUAGUUUAUUUAUUUACUUAUUUUUUUAUUUUUGAGACACACGUCCGAGAUAUUGUUGAAUUACGGAAUAGAAGUAUUUAAAGAAUUUUACAUAAAUACGUACACAUAACCAAACCAAUGCAACUUGCAUUGGGUGCAUAAAAGCUUAUUGUCUUGUGGUGGCGAUAACUUACAUAAAUGCAGUGUUUUUAUGUAUGCAAUGUGACAAUUCUAUUUUUACUUUACACUUCAUUUGCACAAACGACUAUUUUUAGUACAGUUUUCUCAAGAUAAAAUUUACGUAAAUAUCACUAGAUACACAGCUAAAUAAACAUUCAGUAAUUAUGAGAAUAAAUUGCAACAAAAGUUCAA